AUGCAAAUCGCCGUCAGAAAGAUUGCGGUUCAAGACCAUCCUCCUCAUCCUUCUUUGAAGAAGUUUGUUGAGUCGCUACGGUUUGAAGCAGCCAUUGGUGUUCUGAUCGUCCUGAAUGGAAUCAUCUCUGGCAUGGAUGCCAUGUACAAGCCCGAUGAGGAAAGGGCAGCAUUCAUCACUUGGGCCGAAAAUUUCUUUGUGGUGGUCUUUGUCUUGGAGUACUUCUUGCGAUUGCGUGCAAACACAUGGGUGUUUGUUUUUGAGCCCAUGAACAUGUUUGAUACCUUUGUGGUUUGGAUUACCGGCGUCCUGGUCGUUUGGAUCCUGGAGCCAAGUGGGAUUACGUUCGACCCCUUGCGGCGUUUGGCUGCGCUGCGAGUGCUGCGUCUGGGUCGCUUGGCACGUGCGGUCAGAACAAAACCCAUGUUCCACGAGUUGUGGAUGCUUGUAAGCGGCGUCCUGGAAUGCCUACCGCUACUGUUUUGGUCAAUGGUGAUCAUCGCGAUCGUGCACUUUAUGUUCGCGGUGGCGAUGAUGGAGAUCAUCACGAAAGCGGACGUGUUCUACAAGCACCCGACAGUCGAAUAUUACUUCCCCACCUUGGCCUAUUCCAUGUUUACACUGUUCCAGUUCAUGACCUUUGACAGCUGGGCGGGACCUGCAAGGGACAUCAUAGCGGUCAUGCCAGAAGCGGCGGCCCUCAUUCUCUUCUUCCUGGGUGUGGCCGGAAUCGUGCUUUUCAACCUGAUGACAGCGAUUGUCGUCAAGAACGCCUUUGACGCAGCUGAAGCUGAUGAAGAAGCGAAAGCACAACAGCAGGUCCAAAACCAAGCCACAAUGGCAGCGGACCUGCGGACCAUGUUUCAGGCGCUCGAUGAAGACGGCAGUGGCACCCUGACCCGGGAAGAGUUCACUGAUGUGCUUGAUGAUGUCAUGUUCAUUCGACACAUGAAAAAGUUGGACAUUGAUUUGGAAGAGCUGCCCGACAUUUUCGAUAUCCUGGAUGAUGGAGAUGGCAACAUCACCACGGAGGAGUUCUGCAUGGGCUUGACUCGGCUACAAGGUGUAGCCAUGAGUCGCGAUAUGUUGAGAUGUACCUCGCGCAAUAUGCAGCUGAACAACCUCUUUGCUCAAGUGUCUGAGUGCAUGGGCGUCAAGGUUGACAAGACACUGGGCAUGAUGGAAAUGAGUAUGGAAGCAACGCACGAGAACCUGGUGGAGUUGCAGCAGAUGACAGCGGAAGUGCUGAAGAAGCUGGAACAGGCUGGACUUCACAGAGCUGUUCGCUCCACCACCGAAGGCUUGGAGGAACUGUUGCCUCCCACCUUGGAAGACAUUGCGCAGCAAGAGGAAGAAGCCGCACGACAAGCAGAUUUGGCCAGAUUUGGCCGCCCGACCAGCAGCAGAAGUAUGAAGCAAAACAUGCAGCCUCGAGCAACAGAGAACUAUCCGCGCAUCCCGGCAACUUGGGUCCUCACACGAAAGAAGGAUCUCGAGCAGAGAAAGCAGGCAAUGCGAGCCCAGCAAUGGGAAGAUGUGGCCGCAGAGACGGUGAAGGAAGCACAGGAGCUGCCAGGCGUCUUGCAGGAGUUUCAAGAAACUUGGUCUGGCUUGGAGGUGCAGGUUCCGCAACAGACCAGGGAAGACCGCAUCGCGGCCUCCAUAAAGGCACAAUUUUUUCCUACAAUAUGCAGCUUCAACAGCAGGAUGCAGGACACAGUAAGGACUACUGUGUCCCUUGAGAUUUCGGCCUCAGAGGGCCAAUCGAGGAGUACAUCGCUAAUCGUCGCUCUUUGA